AUGGAGUUUGUGGAAACCAAAUACCCUCAUGAUGAUACAAUGAAAGAGCUUGGGAUCUUUGUGGAUGUGGAGUUAGUCCUCACGAACAUGCACUUGGCCAAGUUCCUCUCUUACAGGAUGGAGUCAUAUAAGGACCUGACUUGUGAGUCCCUAGCUUCAUUGAGAUAUCACACGUACAGAAAGGUUGAAAGGAGAGACUUGGAAAGAGGAUUGGGUUGGAUCACCUUCACAGCUGAUGGUGUAGAGCGAGAGGUCACAUUCAUGCAUCUUGAAGUCUUGUUUGGAUUUAACUAUGGAGAAGGAACUGAGUGGAGUUUUGACAAGAAUGAUCUUCAAGGGGUUUGGAUCACAAUCGCUGAUGCUGUUUACUCAUCUUUAAGAUCUAAGGCUGCUCAAAUCAGGAGUCCAGUCCUUAGAUAUGUGCACAAGGCGCUGACCAACUCUUUCUUUGCAAGGAAGACCACAUGCACCAUCACUGAGGGAGAGCUCCAAAUGCUUGAUAUGGGGCUCAAAACAAUUCUCCCUUUCAUGAGAAAUGGAAAACACAUCCAUGGAGAUACCUCAGAUACUGAGACACUCAUUCCCUUCUUGGAUCAACUCUUGAACUACAAGGUCACAGCCUACAAUAAUCGCUUCAUGUCUAAGAGGAAGUUGAGUGUAGGAGGCCUUAUCACACCUAUCUUGCUAGCUGGAGGUGUAGAUACAACUCAUCAUCAGAGUACAGCGCCUGGUUGGAUGGAAAUUAAGUUUUGUAAGAUGCUCCUACCAAGCCCUGCCUACACAACCGUUAGAGAAGGAGAGAACUUUGAUUUUUGGCCACCACUUGACAUGCUUAUUGGGCAUGAAGCUGAGCAUCAAGCUGAGGAGCAAGCUGAACAAGCGCCUGAGCUUAUGGAGCAGGAGAUUCAAGCUAAUGAAGAGGUAGGCGAGCCUGAUUGCUACUACUUUGAUGAGUAUGAAGCUCCAAGGAUGAAUUCCUCUGUUUUGGCUGCUCACAAAAGGAUUGGACUUCUCCAAAAGUUCAACAAGUGGCAAAGGAAGGCCAUGGAGAAGAUGCAGAAGUCCAUGGACAAGAUGGUGAACAAAAUUAAGAGUUUGGAGAAGAAAGUCAAGGGAUCUUCAUCAAAGAAGUCCAAGGCAACUUCCACACCUCCUUUCCUUAGGAGUCGCUAUGUUCUCACCCAACCAAGGAAAAUCCCAGCUCAAGAACCUCCCAGAGCCUUGUUAUACGAGCCAAGAGAAGCAGAAGCCAGUAGACAGCGGAGGAGAAGAAGUUCUAGAACCCGCCGUUCUGACUCCACCAACAAACUUGAUCGAGCCCAAGCAGAUGAACCUCAACUCGAUCGAGUUGAGGAUCAAGUUGAGCUAGAGGAGCCACAGUAG